GUCCACCUCCCAGGGCUUCUGACCCCACUUCUGGACAGCCACCCCUUCCCAGACUCCAACGGGCCGGCCUCUCCAAACCUGCUUCCGCAAUGGGUAAUGAGGAGCUGUGGGUGCAGCCAGCCUUGGAGAUGCCGAAGAGACGGGACGUCCUUGCCAUCGUCCUCAUCGUGCUGCCCUGGACACUGCUCAUCACCGUGUGGCACCAGAGCACCAUCGCGCCUCUGCUGGCUGUACACAAGGAUGAGGGCAGUGACCCCCGGCGCGACACACCGCUGGGCACAGACUCCAGAGAGUACUGCAUGUCUGACCGCGACAUCGUGGAGGUGGUGCGCACAGAGUACGUGUACACGCGGCCACCGCCGUGGUCCGACACACUGCCCACCAUCCACGUGGUGACGCCCACCUACAGCCGCCCGGUGCAGAAGGCGGAGCUGACACGCAUGGCCAACACGCUGCUGCACGUGCCCAACCUGCACUGGCUGGUGGUGGAGGACGCGCCGCGCCGCACGCCGCUGACCGCGCACCUGCUGCGCGACACCGGCCUCAACUACACGCACCUGCACGUGGAGACGCCCCGCAACUACAAGCUGCGCGGCGACGCCCGCGACCCACGCAUCCCGCGGGGCACCAUGCAGCGCAACCUGGCCCUGCGCUGGCUGCGCGAGACCUUCCCGCGCAACUCCAGCCAGCCCGGCGUGGUGUACUUCGCAGACGACGACAACACCUACAGCCUGGAGCUCUUCGAGGAGAUGCGCAGCACCAGGAGGGUGUCCGUGUGGCCUGUUGCCUUCGUUGGUGGCCUUCGGUACGAGGCCCCACGGGUGAACGGGGCAGGGAAGGUGGUCGGCUGGAAGACAGUGUUCGACCCCCACCGGCCGUUUGCAAUAGACAUGGCUGGAUUUGCCGUCAACCUGCGGCUCAUUCUACAGCGAAGCCAGGCCUACUUCAAGCUGCGUGGUGUGAAGGGAGGCUACCAGGAAAGCAGCCUCCUUCGAGAACUUGUCACCCUCAAUGACCUAGAGCCCAAGGCAGCCAACUGCACCAAGAUCCUGGUCUGGCACACACGGACAGAGAAGCCAGUGCUGGUGAAUGAGGGGAAGAAGGGCUUCACUGACCCCUCGGUGGAGAUCUGAGCCUCGAGAGGCAGGAGCCUCUCUGCCCCUGCUCCGCCCUCUCCCCACGGCUGAUGGUCCGCCGAGGCAGACCCCUAAGGAACCACCCUCGUUCUCCUUUCUAUUCUGGGGGCUUCCGAGAGCCCAGCCUGAUGCCAGGACAAUGGACAGAGAAUUUAAGCACAGAAGUCCCAGACCUGUUGCUCUCUCCAUCCAACAUGACUGGGGCCUGAGAGGACCGGGGGGGUCCAGCUUCCAGCACAGCUGGUGCCCAGCCUGCCCCCCGAGAACCCUGCUGCACUGACCGGCUGCAAGCACAGAUGCCGCAGCACCCACGCCCGCCCUGCUGUGGUGUGGGGCUGGGAGGGAGGUGAGAAGGCCCCAGAGUCGAGGGGACCAUGGCCCUCCCUGGCUCCCUGUUCCCAGGCCCAGCACGACCACACAGGACAUCCAGCAGGGAUUCUGAAGACCAGACAGCAGCCCUCAGGCAUUGAGAUGCCCACCCCCCAGCCCCUGCUCCUCCUGAGAGCUGCUCCCAAAUCAGACAUACCUCUCUGGCUUUCCUCUGGCUCAUGUUUACAGAGUGUAAGGCUGUCUUUGAUCCCAGCAGGCGCCCGGCCCUGCACUAAGGGUCCUGGGCCUGCCAGCAGGCUCCCCUGCACCUCAGGCUGGGGCAGAGUGCAAGCCUUCCUCUGCCUCCAGCACUGGCAAGAGGGUGGGCCCUAGAGCCAGUACCAGCCACUGACUGGCAUGGACUAAGAACCAUGUGACCCCACUGUCCACACUGCCUCCCCACCGCCCCUCUGGGCUGCAGGGCCCCUGCCUGGGCUGAACUGGAGAGGGGAGAUGACUGCUUCCCAGAGCUCCUGAGAACCACAGCCCUCAGGGCUGGAGGAGCUAGUGUGGGUAUGGCAGCCAUCUCCUCCUGCCUGGAACGAGGAGGGAGGACAGGGCAAUUCCCCACCUCUAUUCUGCCCAGGGGGCUUUGGAUUAGCAGCAGGAUUUAGGGAAAAGGGGCAGGGGUUAGUUGGACACUGAGAGGAAGGGAGACCUGAGCACACACUGCUUUGGAAAUCAUUCUAAACACAAAAUGGGCAAGAAAGUCACACUUCUCCCUAAGGUGGGGGCAUGCAAAGCCCCCCCCCCCCAUGUCCAGCAGCUCCCUUUCCACCCCAGAGAAAGAACAGUGAGCCACGAGCUGCUGAGCUCCACCCAGGGAAAGCGUCUCCCUGUCCUCCCAGCCGCUGGAAGGUCCCUGGCUUCGACCAGGACAGCCCUCUGGUGGUAUCUCACUCAUGCUCCUGAACGUUGGAAGCACAAUUUUCCUCCCAAGUGGAGGGGAGGAAAGGGCCUGAACUACUGAAGAGGCGUUUAUUUUUUAACUGCUCACAGCCCCACCCCAUUGAAACUCACAGGACAGGUCUGAGGGCCAUUCAGAACCCACUCCUGGGUAGGCCAGUGGGUGGAACUCAGUCCGGAGACCUAACAUUCAGAACAGAGCAUUGGCUGCCUAUUUUGAAGUGGAUUUAACUUCCCAGUAUUCAUGAAACCAUCAGAUGGGAUAAGAUCCCUGAGCCACUGUGCAGGACGUCUUCCCCAACCUCUGACAGUCUGGAUGUCGCUUUGGAAAUCGACUGCUUGGAAUCCAGUUGGAGAGGAAGGAGGCAGCAGCACAGGGCGUCCCCCAGAUAAGUGCACCUACUCCUGGGCUCUCCGCUGCCUCACUCACGGAAUGCAGCCCUAAUGCCGAGGUCAGCUUGGCUGGUCUGAGGCCACCUUCUAGCCAAAACCCAGGGCUCAUUUUCAGGAAAUUGAUGAAAAUGAACAAUAAAAUGGGGACACUUUUUUUUGGCAGAUGCUAGUUCAGUUGUUCUCACCUAAUAGCCACUCUUAGCUGCAUGUAUAUUUAUUUAUAACUGUAACCCUGGUGGCCUGUGGCCUUCAUCUUUGUUGGGAAUGAGUUUGUUAUAAAUCAGAAUUGGGUCUAGGACAACAGUCGUUCUGCAAGCCCAGUCUGUCCCCUGUUGCCUCACUGGCAAGCCCCUCUGGAAAGGAGUGAGACCUGGGCUAGGAGUUCUGAGAACAGAGACGGGUGAGGAUGGGGUCCAGGCAGCUGCAUCUGGUCUGUUUUAAUUUAACUGUAUUUAAUUUGCUUUCAAAAUUAAAAGUCAAACAUGGUUUUUAACAAUCCUAA